AUGAAUAACUUGUUGUCUCACAAGUUUCUCACACCUUCAUUGAAAAGCGAAAUCAAGAAGUUAACACUAAUCCCUUCUCUUCUUCUAAGAAUCAGCCUCUGCGUUCUUGCUGCUCUAUCUCUCUUGGCUUUGACAGUUCCAUUAGCCAUUGCUUCUGAUCCAAGCCCCCUUCAAGAUUUCUGCGUCGGCGUCAACACACCAGCAAGUGGAGUGUUUGUGAAUGGGAAGUUCUGCAAGGAUCCAAGGAUUGUUUCCACAGAUGAUUUCUUCUUCCCAGGACUCAACAGAGCUGGAAAUGUAAAUAACGCAGUUGACUAUGCACCAAACGGUCUGAAUCCACCUCACACUCACCCACGUGCCACCGAGAUCUUGGUUGUGCAACAAGGAACUUUACUCGUAGGGUUUAUCUCAUCAAACCAAGAUGGAAACCGCCUUUUCGCCAAAACGCUCAACGUAGGUGAUGUGUUUGUGUUUCCAGAAGGACUCAUCCAUUUCCAGUUCAACCUAGGACGAACUCCUGCGGUUGCAAUCGCUGCUUUGAGCAGCCAGAACGCAGGUGUUAUCACGAUUGCUAACACGGUGUUUGGGUCUAACCCAGCUAUAGACCCGAAUGUUCUUGCAAGGGCCUUCCAGAUGGAUGCUAAUACAGUCAGGGAUUUACAAAACAGAUUCUAA